GGCUUGUCAGAACAUGGAGUACUACUCUGAGUAAUGCGCUUGACUGCACGGGUGAUUCAUAACAUGAAAUGGAACUUGAUGUCAUUAUUGUCAUUGAUUGUUAGGGUCGACACAAGGCAACGUGCGUGGAUAGAAUUUGUCAUCUGUUAACGUUUGCUGCGGAAACAUAUGGCUUUAUAAAAAGAUAAACAAGAGGAAGUUCAUUACGAUAGAUUCAGCACUUCUUGUGGUGUUCACUGGCAUAAAGACUGCCCACUCACCACAAACUGACAGGUAAGAGAUGGACGAUCUGGAGGAGAACUUGAGAAGACUUCUGAGAGGAGAGUCAGUCCCAAUGUCGCACAUUGAUGUCAGAGUACUUGAUGCAGAAUCGUUUGUGCCGCUGACGAAGCUGUCAGUUGGCUACAUUGUGUGUGGGGUUCUCAUCAAUGACAAGGAUGAGGUGCUGAUGAUGCAGGAAGCAAAGCGGUCAUGUUACGGAGACUGGUACCUUCCAGCUGGGAGACUGGAGCCAGGAGAGAACCUAGUUGAUGGCAUGAAGCGUGAGGUCAAAGAGGAGACUGGCCUCGAGUGUGAGCCGACAACACUGGUCAGUGUGGAGUGUGGCUCCGGUGUCUGGCAUAGGUUCACCUUCACGGGCAGAGUCACAGGUGGCAAGCUGAAGUCAACCAAGGAGAAGGAUUCUGAAUCCUUACAAGGUUGCUGGAUGAGCAUGGACACCAUCAAGAGCUCGGAGACGCCGUUGAGGUCCUUUGACAUUCUAAAGCUGAUCAAAUGUACCCAGAACUACUGUGCAGCAAGUGAAGGAGCUCGUCAUCCAGCCACCCUUCCUGCUAUACAUGACCACGCCAUCAUGAUCCUCAGACUUGUUAUUGUCUUCAAACUGAAUGGCCGAAAGGAACAACUUUUGAUCAACACAAAGAAUGGUGCUCACUUCCCAAGUGGGAUGAUUGCCCCCCGUGACAGAGCAGUGUCUGCAUGUUGUAAGAGGGUUGUGAAGAGUGCCUUAGGCAAGGCAGUGGAAGUCCCAAAGGCGUGUGGUUUGUUGUCUGUGGAGCAUUGUGGGAUGCCUAAAGGUGAAGAUGACGGUGUGUGUUACACAAUUGUGUAUACAUAUGACGGUAUGGGGAGUGACCAGAUGCCCCAGAUAAAGAACCCCAGUUACGAGUGGAGGAGUCUUCUUGAUGACAGUCUACACACACAGCUCCUCACUCGGAUACAGCAGGACCAGCUUGUUCCUUUCAUUGACUUGCACUGAGUAAUCUGCUUGUUGUUUUUAAAGUGCUGUCUGUGGGGAGUGGACAUGUGAUGUUUGGAUUGUGUGUGAAUCAGAGGUUGAAAUGAGAGGGUGGGAUCUGAUGAUGUGUACAAGGCAGGAACUGAUAGAGAAAGUAAUCCAAGACUUAUAGUUGGUUGAUCUUCUGUUCAAUACCAACCUCGAUUAUCCAGAUUAUUUAUCUCCAUUCUGUUUGGAGUAAUACCCAUUUGCGACCAUAUCUAUGUUUUGGAAGUGGCAUCAAGGUCAAGGUCUCUUUUUCUUCCAUUAUUGACACUCAUGAAAUUGGAGUCAACCACCAAUCAGAAAAGUCCUCCUGAAUUAAGGUUGACAUAGCUGCCUCAUUACAGCAAGAACCCAAUAAUGAAAACAAGGUCUCUCACCAGAAGACUGGGGGAGGAUUCUUAAAUUUGGUGUAAGAUGUCUGUGAUGGUUCAAGUUGUAUUGAAGAUGACCGGAAACAUAAUGAGUCGAUGUUUAGUUUAUAUCACCCCUUCUUUUAAUCUGAAAGAACCAUGUAAUUUGUUCAGAUGUAAUAUUUUGUCAUGUCGACUCAAAAAAUGAAUCUAUCAUGGUAACUUGGUCCAAAGUAUUUCUCAUAAUACAAUGGAAAUACAAUGAAGGACACUUGGUCCUAAGUAUGGUACAAUGUAUUUGUAUUCAUAACAGCAUGGAGAUAGCUGGAUUAUCAAUAAUCCUAAUACUGUGGAUCAUCCAGGAUGGGCCUACUGUGCCACAUGAAAUGAUUUCAAAAGAAAGAAGUGCAAGCUGCAGAGAUGGUCUUCAUCAUCACUCCCUCAUCGUGUUUAUUGUUACACAGUAUUUGAAAGAAUUGGUGCUGUUUGCCCGCUUACUGCCUCCAUUAUCUGUGUUGUUUAAUGAUUAGUGAAACUUUUGAUGUCACAACUGUCCAUCAAAUGAAAGUUAGGAUGUCAAUAAUUACCACAGAUAAAACUCUACAAUGUAGGUAGUAUUAUGAUUAUUAAUGAUACUUUCCAGAUUUCAAGGAUGUCAUUUAUUAACCUACAGUGAAAAACAACAGGGAGAGUCCUUGAUAAUGCAGUUUUCUUUCUUUGACAAUUAUCAUGAAUAUAAGCUCAGUAAAGUUUGAACAUAUUUGUGAUAAAUGUUUGCCAUUCUUAAUAGAAUCAAGAAAAGUAACAUAACUUAUGGUGGAUGAAAUAGUUGAUUAAAUAAACUCUGUAAAUGAUCUCAUAUAUGAAUUUCGAAUCUUACAGAUUAUGCUAACGUUCGAAAUACCCGCCUGCCUGACCGCAUGGGAUGGGUUAUCUUCAACACGGACUGUCAGAAUCUCAAAUCCACCUGACCGACAGUCGGGUUAAAAUUUAGACAUGUAUAUAAAGAUAUUCAUCAUGUUUCAGCGUAAUAAAUAAUUAUGAUUUCACUCGUAAAAAUUGAAUAAAUAAGUAAAUUAGUAUUUUUUGUGGGCAGGUAAGUUUAAGUUUUGGCAGAGACCAUAUAAUAGUCUAUUAUAUGGUCUCUGGUUUUGGUGAGGACUGGCAGGUCUGGCUGAAAUGUUUGGGAGUUUCAUACCCUGAUUAUGCACAGCCAUUUGACAAGUAAUGCUUGUUUUGCGCAAAUUGUAAUUGGCUCCCAAACUCAUCCUUCAGUAUAUGGUCUUUGAUAAGUGUAAGGAAAUGAAAAAUACUGAGAGUAUUAUCUCUGUUAAUGAAAUAUUUUUCCAUUUGUUUUGAUCCAAAGUGCAUGUUGAUUGAAGAAACAAAUGGCGAUUAAUUUAACAUGUUUAGAAAAAAUCCAUUAAUAUGUCCCCCUAAAUUGAGGGUACCACAUCUCCCUAGGAUUCUGCUUAUCAGAGACAUCAGGAUGGUGUUUGAUUCUGUGAUUGUGUGAAUAAGGAUGAAGUCCAAUAGAUGAACUUAUGAAACUAUAACAAGAUUGUAAUGUGAAUUGUGUUUUCAACUGCUGCUGGAGGAGAAACACGCUUGUUUCUCACAUGCUUCAAGGUUUUGAAAGUAUAUCUGUACUGAUCUUGUUUAUGGAAAUUAUCAGUCCUUCAUCAGUUGCUGAUUGAUUCACAUCACCUUGUUUGUCUGAUUACUGUAAUCACCAUAAUCUUCCUAGGCACUAAUAGCAGUGACUAUAGGGAAACUGAUGAAAAGCACACACAAGAUAAUUAAAAUUCAAAUGUUUCUAUAAUAUAGUUACUAUGCAAUUAAGUAGUCUUAUACUGAUGUCUUUUCUGUAAAAAAUAAAAGAGAGUACACAACAAAAUACAGACUGUCAUGUCAAUUUCAGAGCCUACAUAUGAACAUUACUGGUAAUCACAAAUGGAUGCAGAAGAUAGUUAAGGGGUGCUCUUUGGUAUGGGACGCUUUUGAUAAUUAGGGAAUACGAUAUUGUGCUUGAGUUAGGGAGAAAUGUGGCUGUUGAUAGUAAGUGAUGUGAAUUUUCAUAAGUGGAAAUAUGAAUUUGUUUUGUUGUCAAUAUUUAAUCCAUUUUGGGACUUCAGUGAUUAGGAGUUCUCGAACACUCAAAUUCAAAAUGUCCUUCAUACAUGUCACAUGUUGGAAGGUCUGACUUGUUGUUGCACAAUCAUCAGGUAAAGCAUAGUAUGGCAGAACAAGGGCCAAAACGUUCAAAAUGUUGUAUAAGCAUUUGAUUUCAUGAGGUUUGCAAAUAUGAAGAAAUGAUUUUCAUGGUCAAAUGAUGUAUUCUCUUAAAAAUGUUUAAUGAGGUGCGAAGCUUGGAUGUUUUGAAUGCAUACAAAUACUUUUCUUCGUAGAUAUCAAUCUUAAGGUCCUCAAACUGUGUUUGAUAUUUAACAUAAAUGUUGUAUUCAUUGUA